CACAAUUUUUUAACAGCUUAACUGAAGUCAUGGAAUCAAUUUCUUCUUCUGUGAGUAAUUCACACUACUGUCCUCAAUGGAAGUACGAUGUCUUCUUAAGUUUUAGAGGUGAAGAUACUCGUGAAACAUUUAUGGGUUACUUAUACGAACGUUUAACAAGGAGGGGAAUAAUCACCUUUCAAGAUAAUAAAAGGCUAGAGCAUGGUGAUUCGAUCCCAGAAGAACUCUCGAAAGCUAUCAAAGACUCUCAAGUUGUCCUUGUCAUUUUCUCAAAGAAUUAUGCUACAUCAAGGUGGUGCUUGGAUGAACUAGUGAACAUCAUGGAAUGCGCGAAAGAUGAAAAUGACCAAAAAACAAUCAUACCGGUAUUCUAUGGUGUGGAUGUAACAGAUGUUCGAAACCAAAGUAAGAGCUUUGGAGAAGCAUUUGCCAAACAUGAAUUGAAGUAUAAGGAUGAUGGUGAGGCAGGGAUACAGAAGGUGCAAAGAUGGAGGACUGCCCUAACUGCUGCCGCAAAUCUAAAAGGAUAUGUAUUCCCCAACGGGGUUGAAUCAGACUGUAUUGAGCGUAUUGUUGAUGUCAUUUCGUCCAAAUGCAAGACUUCAGUAUCUUAUUCGCACAAAGUUGUGGGAAUAGAUACUCAAUUAGAGAAAGUAGAAUCCCUACUAGAGAUGGGAAUUGAUGAUGUUAGGAUUGUGUGGAUUUGGGGAAUGGGGGGAAUUGGUAAAACAACAAUAGCAAAUGCUAUUUAUAAUAAACUCUCGUCCAGCAAAUUUAAAGAUGCAUGUUUGCUUGAGGAUAUCAAAGAAAAAAAACAUAAAAUGUACUCUCUGCAAAAUAUCCUUCUCUCUAAACUGUUAGGUGAAAAAGAAAAUUGCGUGAAUAAUAAGGAGGAGGGGAGGAGCCUGAUAGCUCGUAGACUUCGGUUUAAGAAGGUUUUAGUGGUGCUUGAUGACAUAGAUCACAGAGACCAGUUGGAUUACCUAGCAGGGGAUCUUCAUUGGUUUGGCAAGGGCAGUAGGAUUAUUGCAACUACUAGAGAUAAGCGUUUGAUAGGGAAUAAUGUACUACAUGAAGUGGAAACACUGAUUGACGGUGAUGCUAUUAAAUUGUUCAAUCAAUACGCUUUCAUGGAAAAAGUUCCAGAUGUGUGUUUUAAUAACCUAACGUUGGAGAUAGUUAGUCAUGCUAAAGGCCAUCCUUUAGCCCUGAAAGUGUGGGGUUCUUUAUUACACGGGAAGGGUAUGAUUGUGUGGAGAAGUGCUCUAGACCGAAUAAGGGAAAACUCUGGUUCAGAAAUUAUUGAAAACCUCAAAAUAAGUUAUGAUGGACUGGAGCCAAAUGAGAAAGAGAUAUUUCUAGAUAUUGCAUGUUUCUUCCGAGGAAAAGAAAAGAAACAAGUCAUGCAAAUCCUUGAGAGUUGUGAUUUUCCAGCUGAAUAUGGAUUGAACGUCCUAAUCGACAAAUCUCUUGUGUUCAUUUCCGAUCAUAAUAAGAUUCAAAUGCAUGACUUAAUACAAGAUAUGGGUCAAUAUAUAGUGAAAAUGCAAAAGCAUCCAGGCGAACGUAGCAGACUAUGGAAAACUGAAGAUGUCAAAGAAGUGAUGGUUGACAAUAUGGGGACUAUGGCAGUGGAAGGGAUCUGGUUUACUUUUAUUCAAAAGCUAUGCUUUAGCAAAGAGGCAAUGAAAAAUAUGAAAAGACUUAGGAUAUUAUACAUAUGUAGCUUCCUCUAUCCGAUUGAUCGAGAAGAUGUUCUCUACGACUCCAAUUGCCAUGAUGGCUCCAUUGAGUACCUGCCCAACAACUUGUGUUGGUUUGUCUGGCAUGAAUUUCCUUGGAAGUCAUUGCCAGAAAAUUUUGAACCCCAGAGGCUUGUUCAUCUUGAACUCCAGGGGAGUUCGUUGCACGAUUUAUGGACCGAAAGAAAGGUGUUUUUGCCAUCUCUACGAAAGCUAGAUCUCAGCUACUCCAAAAGCUUGAUACGAACACCAGAUUUCACGGGGAUGCCAAAUUUGGAGUAUUUGAAUCUGAGGGGAUGUACGAGUCUUAAAGAGGUUCACCAUUCCUUGGGAUGUUCCAGAAAACUCAUCCAGUUAGAUUUGUAUCAUUGUGAAAGACUUGAGAGGUUUCCGCGUGUUAAUGUGGAAUCUCUUAAAUCUCUGGAUCUACUAGGUUGCUCUAGUUUAGAGAAAUUUCCAGAAAUCCUCGGAAAAAUGAAGCUGGAGUUAGAGAUUCACAUGCGAUUUACAUGGAUAAGGGAACUUCCAUCUUCUGUUAUUCAGCACCAAGCUCGUCUUAGAGUGCUAGAUUUGAGUGAUAUGAAAAAACUUGUAGCUCUUCCGAGCAGUGUUUGCAAGUUGAAAAGUUUGGUGAAGCUAGAUGUGUCCUACUGCUCAAAACUUGAAAGCUUGCCAGAAGAGAUACGUGAUUUAGAAAACUUGGAGGAGCUUCAUGCCAGACAUACUCUAAUUUCACGACCUCCCUCUUCCAUCGUCUGCUUGAACAAGCUUAAAUUCUUGACUUUUGCAAAACAAGAAUCAGAAGAUGGAGUGUACUUUGUGUUCCCUCAGGUGAAUGGAGGGUUACACUCAUUUGAAAUUCUGAAUCUCGGUUGCUGCAAUCUAAUAGAUGGAGGACUUCCGGAAGACAUAGGAUGCUUACACUCUUUGAAAAGGUUGUAUCUCAGUAGAAAUAACUUCCAUCAUUUGCCUCGAAGCAUAGCCCAGCUUGUUGCUCUUCGAUCCUUGAACUUAUCACAUUGCAAGAAGCUUAAACAGCUGCCAGAAUUUCCAGAGCAAUUAGAUACAAUAUAUGCAGAUUGGAGCAAGCAUUCGAUCUGUAAUUCGUUGUUUCAGAAUAUCUCAUUAUUGCAGCAUGACAUCUCUACUUCAGAUUCCUUGUCACUAAGAUUGUUUACCAGUAGGACACUGACAAUUCCAACUUGGUUCCACAGUCGGAGAACUGGUAAAAUUGGAUUAGUCAAUUUGCCUGAAAAUUGGUAUGUACCUGAUAACUUCUUGGGAUUUGCUGUAUGUUACACUGGCAGGUUAAUGUACGUGACAAUGACAACUCACUUGAUUCCCUUAUGUUAUGAUUCGAAAUUAUGGAUGACCUUGAAACUGGACUUACUCGAGCCUGACAGUAAUUGUCUUGUACGUAAAUACUCACCUGAUUCCGUUAUUCAUUUUUUCUUUGUACCUUUUGCUGGCUUAUGGAAUACAUCAAAGGCGAAUGGAAAAACACCAAAUGACUAUGGGCGUAUUAUGUUAUCUUUCUCUGGAGAUGUGGAGUAUGGAUUUCGUUUGUUGUAUAAAGAUGUUUGUAUUGGGACAAGGAGGAGCAGAUAUGAUAGUAGUAAACACCCCGACUCUGUCACCAAUGAAGCCAGUUGCUCCUCUUCUAAGAAACAAAGGUCACAUUUCUAAUAUUCUGAAACUUUUCAUUGAUGGAAGAUGUACAUAUCAACAAUUAGUUUUGUCUAUUCCUUCUCCAUCUUGUCUCUGUUUGUGCUGAGCCACGAUUUACUGCGGUGAGUUGAAGGAUGUAAACAAGCAUAAAUUUUUGAUGUUCAAGUUAGAAACAUGUCAAUGAAAUCCCCAUGGUUGUAACUUGUAGUGGUCAGUUUUGGGUUGACGAUUGACAAAUGAUUAACGUGCUUUGACAGCUCGUGGUGGAUUUACUCUCUAAUGAAUUCACUCUGUUAUUACUUCCUUUUUUUUUUGUAUGUUGAAUGAGAGAGAAGGCUUUCAACAUGAAUUGGU